CGCCUUUUCUCAAUGCUGAAACGAUCUUGCUAGAACUCGCACUGGGCGCGCUUAUUCCGGUCACUUUUGUACAUUUUGGGAAAUUAAAUUUAUCUCAUCCGUCACGAUGCUGAGCACGGUCAGUCGGCAACUCAGAAGUCAUCCUGCCUUGAUCCCACUGUUUAUUUUCAUUGGUGGUGGAUGCACCAUGUCUCUGACUUACCUGGCUCGCCUGGCCAUCCGUAACCCAGACGUCUGCUGGGACAGAAAAAACAACCCAGAGCCCUGGAAUAAAAUGGGGCCCAAUGAUCAGUACAAGCCACUACACCCCUUAAGCUUUUGCUUGAUAUGUACUUGAUAAGGAUACCAGGAAGGGACUCUAACCAGAAGUACAUCACUAAGUAUAUUUAAUAAAUGGCAAGCGGAAUGGGAUGAAUGUCAUAAUAACAAAUUAUUUGAAAUGAAUCCUGUUGUUGGAAAAAGAUACAUUUAUCCUUUCAAAUCUAGACACGAUCAAGUGGUGUAAACAAGAUGUCGUGUAGGCCAUACCAGAGUGACCCAUGGGUAUUUAUUGACGGGGGAAGAAUCACCAAAAUGCCAAUAUUGUAACACCACUCUGACUGUAAAAUAUAUGCUUUUGGUCUACCCUGUCUUUAAUGUCAUGAGACAAUGUUUUUUAUCAGGAAAAACUUUGAAAGACUUGUUUUGUAAGAUGUGCUUAGAAAAACUUUUAGAAUUUGUAUCACUAGUACAGUUAAAGAAUCUUUUAUAGAAUUGACAUUUUAUAGGAUUAAUUAACCUUUUUACUGUGUAUUAUUUUUUACAAAAUGUGUUGCAUUUAUCAAUUGUUUGAUUACUUCCUGUAUUUGCCAUGAAAUAGCCUUUGAAGCUGAUAUGGCAAUAAAAUCCAAUACAACCAAACAAAGUCCCAACACUUAAAGGACGAUUUUGACAACUUUUUAGCUCAAAUAACACACAUUUUUAUGAAAUGUAUGAACAUUUCUGCGAUUAAACCCUCCUGAAUACCUUUCCCUAUAGACUUCUAUUGCAAGUGCUUUACUGUUAACAUGAUUUUUGCUUAUUACAAAUUGAAGGAUGUAAUUUACUUUCUGUGGUAACCAAGAGAUAUGAAGUUUUUUUUUUUUUUUUUUU